AUGGAGACUUUCAAAGAUUCCAUCCUCCCAAACGUAACGCUGCUUACAGCUGCGUUAUUCUUGGGAUUCGGGAUCAUCAUCUACAGAAUCGGCAUCGUUAUCUGGCGGCUGUUCUUCCAUCCCUUAGCUGGGUUCCCUGGGCCCAAGCUCUACGCCGCGUCCCAUCUCCCUUUCUUGAUCAAAAACUACCUGAAGGGAGAUUUCGUCAAGGGUACAGUUGAGUUACACGAAAAGUACGGGCCUAUGGUUCGCAUCUCUCCCAACCGCCUCGCCGUCGAUGGCUCCGUAGCCUGGCCCGAAGUCUUCACAAGACGCCCCCACCAACCCGAAUUCGAAAAGACCAUCGAAGCAUAUGGCCUCACCGAGAGAAUCGGCAUCUUUCCCGCCUAUCGCGAAGAUCAUCGCCGCCAGCGACGUCUCAUGGCCCAUGCCUUUUCCGAAAGCGCUCUGACUGAGCAGGAGGGUUACAUCAAGCACUAUGUCGACCUCCUUAUGUCAAGACUUGGAGAACAAGCCCACAAAGGCAAGCCAGUCGACUUGACAAAAUGGUACAACUUCCUGACAUUCGAUAUCAUCGGCGAACUGGCUUUCGGUGACCCGUUUUACUCUCUCGAAAAAAGCAACUACCACCCCUGGGUCGCCAUGUUGUUCCAGAGCAUCAAGGGCAACGCUAAACUCCAAUUUCUCCUCAAGUACCGCAUCCUGCGGCCUCUCUUACUUCUCAUGAUCGGAGAGAAGGAAAUUGCAAUGAAGGAAGAAUCGGAGAACCUCAGUCGCGUCAAGACCGAUAAGAGGUUAGCGCUCGGCUCGGAUACUCGCAAGGACUUUAUGACAUACAUCCUUCGCAACAACAAGGACGGCAAAGGCAUGACCCACGAAGAGAUUCACAUGAACGCUAGAGGCCUCAUUGUUGCUGGCAGCGAGACGACGGCCACUGCGCUCGCGGGAUUCACGUUCCACUUGACACAUCACCCAGAGGUGUACCAAGCCUUGACCGAAGAGAUCCGUGGAGCAUUUGCCUCGGAAGAAGAGAUCACCAUGAAGUCCACCGCGCGCCUACCGUACCUCCACGCUUGCCUCGAAGAGACCUUGCGAAUCUACCCGCCUGCUGCCGAGACUCCUCCGCGAAUUUCGCCAGGCGAUUACGUGGAUGGUCAGUUCGUGCCUAAAGGGACCAUCAUCUCCGUUUACCAGUGGGCGACGCACCACUCGCCACGCAACUUUACCGACCCCGAAUCCUUCAAGCCGCAGCGCUUUCUGACCGAAAAGCACCCGCUUUACGACCCUCGCUACUCGAACGACAAUAAGGCAUCUUUCAGGCCGUUCGCAUCCGGUCCUCGGGACUGCAUUGGAAAGAAUCUGGCAUAUGCGGAAAUGAGACUUGUCGUGGCUCGACUCCUUUGGAGCUUCGACCUUGAGAUUGAGAAGGGGCAGGACGAUUGGAUCACUUCCCAAGCUGUGUUCGUCGUCUAUGACAAGGGACCUCUUAUGAUCAGACUGAGACCUCGAGCCAAGUAA